AUGUGUGCCUGGCGGUCCUACGGAGACAAGAUUUCCAAGCGAUUCGUGCACCCGGCUUCGUUCAAGGACCACGAUUUGAUUUCGCGUGGAGCGCAGGACUUGAAGUUGCCUUGCGAACACACGCCGAGACUGUUUCACGAAUACGCCGCGACGAGUUGCGCGACUGUGGUUUACUUCUUCGAACUGCUGGAAAGACUCACGGCGUUUUCGGAAUUUGAGUCGAAGAUAUUUUUGUGCUUGCUCUUGGUAAUUUUUGGGAAUACCUUUUUGCUGAUGUGUGCCUGGCGGUCCUACGGAGACAAGAUUUCCAAGCGAUUCGUGCACCCGGCUUCGUUCAAGGACCACGAUUUGAUUUCCCGUGGAGCGCAGGACUUGAAGUUGCCUUGCGAACACACGCCGAGACUGAGGAUGAAAUUGGCUAGAGUGGAGGAGUAUCUUCCCUAUGAGGAAUUUUGGAACAGAUUCCUGGUUCCCGGUGUGCCAUGCAUUCUUAGCUCCUCGUUUACAGACGGCUGGAAAGCCCGAAAAACCUGGGUCAAAGACGGUCGCCCUGACAUUGUCCACUUGCGAGAUAAAUAUGGAUCCUGUUUAGUUCCAGUCGCUGACCUGACAUCACAGUAUUUCGACGCGCAUUGCAAGCUCGACAUGACUUUCGGGAAUUACCUGGACGCUUUAGAAAAUCGAAAAAUGCUGUAUUUGAAGGAUUGGCAUUUUACCAAAGAUUUUCCGGGCGAGAACGUGUACUCGGUUCCGGAUUAUUUCAAAUCGGAUUGGUUGAACGAGUAUUGGGAGAAGGAGUUGAAGUGCGAAGACAAUUACAAAUUUGUUUACUUUGGACCCAGCGGUUCUUGGACUCCUUUGCACGCAGAUGUGUUCAGGUCUUUCAGUUGGUCAGCCAAUGUUUGUGGCAAGAAGAAAUGGCUGUUGCUGGUUCCCGGUGAAGAAGAAAAGCUUGAUGAAUCGCAAAAGCAUUCAGUCGAUGAAAAAAUGCUGGAGAAAGUUGACGUUUCCUACCAAGUUGUGAUACAGGAAGUCGGAGAAGUGAUAUUCGUGCCCUCCAAUUGGCACCAUGUGGUGUGGAACCUCGAGGAUACCAUCUCCAUAAACCAAAACUGGUUCAACGCAUCUAACAUCCAUCACGUCUUUGAUGCUUUGCGAAACGAACUCAAGCGUGUUGAAAAUGAGCUAGAAGAUUGCCGGGGUUCUGAGGAUUGGCCGGAAAGUUGUCAAAGAUUGCUCAAAGCCUUGUUUGGUAUGGAUUUUUGUGAUUUUUACAAACUGUUGAAGUUCAUCGGAGACGAGCGAUCGAGAGGGCAUGGACCGUUAAGUGACCUCGAUUGCGUCAUCGACACACUGGAAAGAUUCCAGUGUGAUUUGUCAGAUUUUGGUGGAAUUAUGGAGUUCAGAAUGUCCACCGGUGACACGGUGAAAGUGUUGGUGCAGUACGUUAUCGUACGCGGUGACUUGGUUAGUGCUUUAAAGUGGCCGUGGGGAGCUGUGAUAGCCCAAGCGUGUCAUGCCGUUACGGCUGUAAAUACUCUCUUUUCGGAGGACGAUGAGACGAAAAAGUAUUUGGAGGACAUGGAUCGGAUGCACAAAGUUGUUCUUGAGGUAAAAGACGAAAAAAGCCUGACUGAUUUGGCGGAGAAGCUGUCUGAGAACCAUGUGAAGCACAAAUUGUGGAUUGAGCAGCCCGAAAACAUCCCGACGAGCAUCGCGACUCGUCCUUAUUUUAAGGAUGAAGUGCAGGCACAUUUUAAAAAGCUAAAAUUGUUCAAGGGAACGUGAUUCAACAGAGUGAUGUGAAUUCAGAGCGAGGUUCGAAUUAUUUUUUACCGGAUGAUUUAUGCUCAGCUUUUUGUUGCCAAAUUGAUCUGGAUGUUGCGCAUUAUGUUUGAUGACCGGAGAUAUGAAGUGAGCUAAAAAGAAGUGGGACCGUAUGAAGAAUCGAAAU